CUGGGGAAAGGCGAGAUGUGUCCACGUGGAGGCAGUAGUAAGUCAGGCCUAUCUUGACCGCUUGGCUCCAGGGAGAUCUGCUGUGUGUGUCUGCCCAGAUCGAAGAUGGCGGUGUCGGUGUUCCCAGGCGUGCGCCUGCUCUCCAUCGGAGACGCCAACGGAGACAUACAGAGACAUUCAGAGCAGCAGCCUCUGCGGCUAGAAAUCAAGAUCAACCAGGACGUGGCUCUCAUAAGCCUCUCGAACAAUGAGGAGACGUGCGUCUUUAAGUGUUCAGUAUCACGAGAGACUGAAUGCAGUCGUGUUGGGAAGCAGUCCUUCAUCAUUACUCUGGGCUGUAACAGUGUCCUCCUGCAGUUUGCAUCUCCAGGAGAUUUCUCGUCAUUCUAUAACCUCCUGAAGAACUGUCGUGGACACGGGGGUGAACACUCGGUCUUCAGUGAGAGGACGGAGGAGUCCUCAGCUGUACAGUAUUUCCAGUUUUAUGGCUACCUCUCUCAACAACAAAACAUGAUGCAGGAUUACGUGCGAACUGGAACAUAUCAACGGGCCAUCCUCCAGAAUCACACUGACUUCAAGGAUAAAGUGGUGCUGGAUGUAGGCUGUGGCUCUGGGAUUCUGUCAUUUUUCGCAGCUCAGGCUGGUGCUCGUAAAGUGUAUGCUGUGGAGGCCAGUACCAUGGCUCAACAUGCAGAGGUUCUUGUGAACAGUAACAGGCUGUCAGAGCGUGUUGUGGUGAUUCCUGGGAAAGUGGAGGAGGUGUCUCUACCUGAGCAGGUGGACAUAAUCAUCUCUGAACCCAUGGGUUACAUGCUGUUCAACGAAAGGAUGCUGGAGAGCUACCUGCAUGCCAAAAAGUACCUCAAGCCCAACGGCAAAAUGUUUCCCACAAUCGGAGACGUGCACCUCGCCCCUUUCACAGACGAGCAGCUUUAUAUGGAGCAGUUUACAAAGGCCAAUUUCUGGUACCAGCCGUCUUUCCAUGGGGUGGAUCUGUCUGCGCUGAGAGGAGCUGCAGUAGACGAAUACUUCAGACAGCCGAUUGUGGAUACGUUUGAUAUCAGGAUCCUGAUGGCCAAAUCAGUGAAGUAUACAGUGAACUUUUUAGAAGCUAAAGAAGAGGAUCUUUACAAGAUAGAGAUCCCCUUCAAAUUCCACAUGAUGCACUCAGGGCUUGUUCAUGGGCUGGCUUUUUGGUUUGAUGUCGCAUUCAUUGGAUCAGUGAUGACGGUGUGGCUCUCCACAGCCCCCACAGAGCCCCUCACUCACUGGUACCAGGUGCGCUGUCUGCUGCAGUCCCCUCUCUUUGCCAAGGCAGGGGACACCAUGUCAGGCACUGCACAUUUAAUCGCCAACAAGAGACAAAGCUAUGACAUUAGUAUUGUUGCUCAAGUGGACCAGACGGGCUCCAAGUCCAGUAAUCUGCUUGACCUCAAGAACCCCUUCUUCCGGUACACGGGCUCAACACCGGCCCCUCCUCCAGGUUCACACUACUCUUCCCCGUCGGAGAACAUGUGGAACACUGGGGGAACCUACAGCAUGAGCCAAGGCAUGGCUGUGUCGGGGAUGCCCACAGCCUAUGAUCUCAGCACCGUCAUUGGCGGCAGCGGGACUACAGUGUCCCACAACAACCUCAUCCCCAUUGGUACAGACACGCAUGCACUGAACACGGGGAUUGUGAAUCACACUCACUCCAGAAUGGGUUCAAUAAUGAGCACGGGAAUCGUCCAGGGGGCCACGACUGCCCAGCAGGGUCCUAGCAGCAGCAGUCCGUAUUACCCCAUCACCAACCAGUUCACCAUGGGCGGCCCGGCUAUCUCCAUGGCAUCUCCUAUGGCUAUCCCCAGCAACACCAUGCACUACGGGAGCUAAGGCCGAGGGACGGCCUCUGCAUAUCCAGUUACCCCCCACCUCCCCCACCCCAACCCCUGCAAACUGACCACAGCCAAAUUCAGAAUACCAAAACCAAUGCACCAGUCUCUGACCAUCAAUUUAUAGUCUCUUUCGCUCUCUCUAUAUAGAUAUACAUGUAUACGUAUGUAUAUAUAUAUUCUAAACUGUUUCUCUCACUGGUGUUAUAUUCUUUACAUAUCCGUCCCGUGGCCCUAUAACGUUAACGUGCGCAGGAAUUCAGCGAGUUUACAGGUCUGAGGUGCAUCAUUGUUGCUCUUCCCCGAUCACACACAGCGCCUGCUCCACAACCAGCCACUAGGAAGCAGCACUUGUCUGUAAGCAUGCUGGAAAAGCACAAACCGGAGACUCCACGAAAAGGACUCUGAAGACGGGACACAUUUAGAUUUUUUUUAAUGUGUGUAUAUAUAUAUAAAUGCUUUACAAAUGUGCACAUGUUCCCCCUUACUUCAUGAACUCACACUUUUUUUUAGCCGCAUAAAUGCCAUCAUUGACUAUUGAUAUGAAUUUGAGAUCUAUUGCAGGAUCUUGCCACUGUCUCGAACGGCUCUGGCUCCAAUGAACCUGCACUUCACCUUCGGCUCUUUUACGUUUACAAUGAAAUUGACUGGCUAUCUCAUCUCGAUUCUCUCGGCAUGGGCUUCUAACGGCCAUCUCGACUCGCCAAGAUGUUCACAACCUCUCAUCCCUCGCCAGAAGAAACGGACACAUGCUCGCAAAGUUCAUUACGACCACUAGCGCAGUUAGUGCUGGAUCCUGGUUGUAGACAACCGUAGUGUAGAUAGAAACCGUCUGACUUUCAUUCCAUUUCUGACUGUGUUUUUUUUUAAUGUAGUGCAGUCCCAGGUUUGUGUGUCGCUUGGUGUUCCCUGAAUCUUGAGCGUGGGUUAUCGAGACCACUUCUGUCAACCUCCGAGUCCAUAUCGACGCAAAUCUGACUUGUAAAUUGGAGGAUUCAUUGUUAGUCAAUUAGAAGGACACAGAGGUUUUAGGAAUAAGAAAACCAGCACCAAAACUCUCCAUUAUCAGACGAGGAGGACGACGGCGUGCUGGGAUGGACAGUCGGCACUGUGGGGAGGAAGACAUAAACCGUGAGGUCCGUGGACACACACUGACAGUAUCCUAGUUUACAUCCCCUCAAACCUUUAUCUCGUCAGCUUCUGUGUGUUGUGAGACCUGCUGAGGAGAGGAGAUCAAGUGAUGCCUGACUAGCUAUAGUUUUCCUCCCCUCUCGGGGGUAUGAUAUGAUGAUAGCCCCAUCCAAGACUUUGAAGUCCUAUUCAACGCUUCCAGUCAACUUUUUUUUUUUUUUCAGUUAAUUCAGUUUGAUUUAGCAACUUUCAUGAGAUCAUGAGAAGAAAACAACCAUUGUCUGCUAGUUUGUAAAAUUGAGUUUGUUUUUGUUUUCUUUCAAAAAAAAAAAAAAAGCUACAGACAAAAUGAGGAGCAAAUUAAAUGUUGAUGGGGAAGUCCCUAA